AUGUUUCGUCAACUCGCCAGACCAGCUUUCCGCGCCAGCAGGCUGCCAGCUACCCGAUCUUUCUCCGUUGCCGCCGUUAGAAUGACAGAGGGCUCUACCGGUGCUCCCCGCCCCGGAGGUGAGCAUAGCGGUGACAUCUGGACCAAGAAGGGAUCUGCUGAAGAGAACCUCUACAUGAAGAAGAAGGAGCAUGAAAAACUCCUCAUUCUCAAGGAGAAGCUGAAGCAGCAGCGUGCUCACCUCGAUGAGCUCGAUGCCCACAUUGACUCUAUCACUAAGAACCAAGGUGGUGAACAGAACUAA